UUGCACUCUGUCUUGCGCUCGCUGCCUUUCAGUAGCAGUAGCAGUAGCAGUAGAUCUUGGACAUCUCCCCCCCUAAGAUCUGCUCAGCCAGCUUGCGGCAGCAGCAGCAGCAGCGCUCUUCUCCCCGCCGGCCGCCGUCACUUGACUUGGCCAUCCACCACCCACCGUACCAUCUCCAGCCACCACUCUGGCUCUCCAUCGACAAGGCAAGGGGAUCUAUCUACAUAUUCAUUCUAGGAGUGAGCUGCAAACAACCAAGAAGAGAAGAUAGAUAGAUCCCAUCCCACUCUGCCUGCCUUGUUGAAUCCUCUCGGCUCUCACUGCAACUGCAACUGCAAGCCAAGGAAGGAAGCCCCAUGGCGGCUGUCCUUGAUGCUUUGGCAACCCGAGUGAUGAACACCAUACUGGAUAUGGGGGAAGAGAAGAUCAGCAUGCUGCUGGGCGUCUCCCAAGAGAUCAACAAGCUGGAAGCCAAUAUGGAACCCCUUCGGAACCUCCUCACCGACGCCGAGAGGAGGCGCAUCACUGACAGGAGCGUGCAGGCAUGGGUGACCAAGCUCAAGAGCGCCAUGUACGAGGCCUCUGACAUCCUUGAUCUUUGCCAGCUUGAGGCCAUGGACCGAAAGGACAAGCAACACUCCAGUGGCUUAUGCCUCCGACUCCGGGAGAAGCUGCCAUUUCUGGGCUGCCUCGGGGAUAAGCUGCAGGGUGUCCUCCAGCCCUUUCUCUUCUGCAUGCAGAACCCCGGAUUCGCCAACGAGGUAGGCGGACGCAUCAAGACUCUCAACGAGGAGCUGGCCACCAUCCGCCAGGGUGUCGCUAACUUCAAAUUCAUUGACCUUGGCUCCUAUGAGGAAAGGCGGAGGCCGCCGACCAGUUCGGCCUCCUACCCCAAGCGUGAAAACGCACAGUUCGUCCAAUCAGAUCUCGUGGGGGAUCAAAUCAAGAGGAAUACAGAGAAACUGGUGCAGAAGCUAAUCUCAACCAACCGCCACAACCAUGGUAGAAGCAACAUCGUCAAUGUGGUGGCCAUUGUUGGCCAGGGCGGCAUAGGCAAGAGCACGCUCGCCAAGAAGGUCUUCGCAAGCGAGGCCAUCAAGGAGGAGUUCAAAACCAAGAUAUGGCUGAGCGUCACUCAACAGUUCACCAAGGUGGACCUGCUAAGGGCCGCCAUCUCCCAAGCUGGGGGGAAUAAGCAUGGUGAUGAGAAGGACGAGACCAUACUUGUGAACGUCCUCACCAACACCCUAUCAAACAACAAGUUUCUGUUGGUCAUGGAUGAUGUGUGGAACCAACAAGCAUGGGAAAACGUGCUCCGCACCCCCAUUCUUAAUGCUGCCGGUACACAACCAGGAAGCCGGGUAUUGGUUACCUCAAGAAUGGUUGAUGUUGUUGAGAGCAUGGGAGCUUCCAUCCUGCGUGUCAACACACUAAACAAUGAAGAUGCUUGGUGCUUGCUAAAGAAACAGCUGCCGCAGCCACAG